UUUCUAAGCCACAUCAUGCUGCUCUUUCUCCCCAGGUCACGCUAGCCUGCCCACCAAGACGGGGGCGCAAGACGUGGGGACAGCGGCAGGGGAAGGAACGAGGAGAGAAAAGUGUGGGACUCAGAGAGAGAGACAGAUGACCUCUUCCCAGCCCCCCAAAAGGGCUUCACUAGGGAGCGAGGGGGACAUCGAAGACGCCGGAGAAGCCUUUGAAUUUGAAGAUAGCGAAGAGGAUGAUGCGAUCCACCUUGUGGUGAGCAAUGCCCGGACGGAGCUGGGCACCAAGGGGGCGCUGCAGGACCCACCCCCCAGGCGAAGGUCCAGCAUCAGCGAAGACCUGGAACCGUUGGGCAGCUGGGACGCGGAAGAGGCCCUCCUGGAGGACCGUGUCCCCUUGACGCCCUCUGACUCCAGCGCCCGCCUUGAUUGCCGAGAUCCACCGGCUCAGGCUGAAUCGGUGGGCCCGGUGAGCAAUGGAGAUUUUUCCCAGGCGGGGACACGAAUCUACACCUGGAAGCGAAGACAUUCAUCUCAAGGUGAUCAGUUUACCUUCCCGUCUGUUGACGAUGAAGUGAUUUACGAUGAUGUUCCUUACGAAAAAGUCAAUUUACAGCACUGUGAUUCAGAGAGAAGCUUAAUUUACGAAGAUGUCCCUCACGCCAAGCUCGGCUCCCAGGAGCCUGAAGAUUUAGGCUGGAGCUCCAGCGAAUUCGAAAGCUACAGCGAAGACUCGGCCGACGAAAACAAAGCCCAUGCGCCUCACGCCAAGCCCAAAGUUUCCUUCCAGCCGAAGAUGACCCAACUUAUGAAAGCAGCGAAAAGCGGCACGAAGGAUGGUUUGGAAAAGACCAAAAUUGCUGUCAUGCGGACUUUCCUGCAUAAGAAAGAUAUUCCAGCUGCGGAUGGAGAGACGAGCAGAGGGAUCUCGGGACCGGAAAGGAAGAGAUCUCUCUCUUGGACCGGGGAGAUUGCCGCGGUCCGUAACUUCUCCGUAGAGAGAGGGGAUUCUGAAGAAGAAGAUUUGGGAUUCUUGGAGGUACCAGUUUCAGAGGCCAAACAGCUGCCGGAGUUGGGCCCGAUGCCCGAAGGGUUAAACUCACAGCAGGUCAUACGACGUCACAUCCUGGGCUCCAUUGUGCAGAGCGAGAGGAGCUAUGUGGACUCGCUGAGGCGCAUUUUACAGGAUUAUAGGAACCCCUUGAUGGAGAUGGAGCCCAAAGUCCUCAGUGCCAGGAAAUGCCAAGUAGUCUUCUUCCGGGUCAAAGAGAUCCUCCAGUGCCACUCCAUGUUCCAAAUCGCCUUGUCUUCCCGGGUGGUUGAGUGGGACUCCAUGGAGAAGAUUGGCGACCUUUUCGUGGCCUCGUUCUCCAAGUCCAUGGUCUUGGAUGUGUACAGUGAAUACGUCAACAACUUCACCAGUGCCAUGUCUUUAAUCAAGAAGGCCUGCUUGACCAAACCAGCUUUCUUGGAGUUCCUCAAGAAGAAACAGAUGGCCAGCCUUGACCGGGUCACUCUCUACGGCUUGAUGGUGAAGCCCAUACAAAGGUUCCCCCAGUUUAUCCUCCUACUCCAGGAUAUGCUGAAGAACACCCCAAAAGGACACGCUGACCGCUUGUCCCUCCAGCUCGCCCUAACAGAACUGGAGACCUUGGCUGAGAAGCUCAAUGAGCAGAAGAGGUUGGCUGACCAGGUGGCUGAGAUCCAGCAGUUGACCAAGAGCGUCAGUGACCGCAGCCAUCUCCAUAAGUUGUUAAAUUCGGGGCAACGGCACCUGUUAUUCUGUGAGACCCUGACAGAGACGGUUUAUGGCGACCGAGGUCAACUAAUCAAAUCCAAGGAACGCAAGGUCUUUCUUUUGAAUGACGUCUUAGUGUGCGCCAACAUCAACUUCAAGCCUGUGAACACUGGGGGGCAGCUUGAGAUCAGCAGUCUGGUCCCUCUGGGGCCCAAGUACAUCGUGAAGUGGAACGCAGCCUUGCCCCAGGUUCAGGUCCUAGAAGUGGGCCAGGAGAGCAGCGCCAAGGAGAAAGACGGAAUCGCCAUCCCAAACGUGGGCUCCAAGAAACCAGCCCCAUCCAACCAGUCUGGCCAUAGUAAAGACCAUUUCUCUCCUUUUCCCAUGGUUCAAAACGGCCAACUCAGGAGAUGGGGAGGGGGACGAGCCGUGGAAAAUCGGGACACACUUAUUGCAAGUAUCACCCGAAAUGGCUGUUCAGUUUUGAUAUAGAUGGCCUCUUUAAACUGAUGGCCUCUUUAUCUCCUGGGAUUUAUUUAUUUUUUAUAUAUUAUAUGUUUAUGUAUUUAUUUACUUAUUUAUUUUGACAGGUCUGGUCGCCCCGUCAGCGUCAUGGUGGUGUUCAUCACACCAAACCCACUCAGCAAAAUUUCCUGGGUGAAUCAUUUGCACUUGGCCAAAAUUGCCCUCUGGGAAGAAAACCAGCCUGGAUGGGUCUGCCCUGAAGAAGACAAGAAGAGCAAGGCUGCUUUCUGGUGUCCCAUUUUGGUCUGUCAUAUCCCUGCCUUCUCCUCCAGAGCCCUCGACCUGCAGCUCGGGGCGGCCGUGCACAGCCCAGUCCAGUCUUCCUUGCUGGGAUUUUCGGCCAUCAGCACUUCUCUGCCACAGGGGUAUCUUUGGGUCGGAGGAGGUCAGGAGGGUGCUGGGGGCCAGGUGGAGAUAUUUUCCCUGAACCGGUCAGUGCCUCGUACGGUCAGAUCCUUCCCUGUGGCCUCGCAGGUCCUCUGCUUGGAGUACAUCCCUGAAAAGGCCGAAGAGGAACGAGUGGAAGAGUCUCCAACCACGGCUGACCAGUCCUUUCCAUCUCAGCCUGCCCUCUGCCUCGGCCUGAAAGACGGCAGCAUCUUGGCCUACAGCAGCCUGGACACAGGGGCCCAGUGUUUGCUGACCAGCCAGACGCCUGGAGCCCACCCCGUCCUCUGCCUGAAGCACAAUGCUGAUUACCUCUUCGCCGGCCUGCAGAACGGGACAGUGGCGGUCUAUGCCAGAAUCAACGGAGGCCUGUGGGAUGCUGACGUGGAGCCCACCUGCCUGGCGGUAGGGCUGGCCCCCGUGCGGACGCUGCUCACCUUGGAGGAUGCCGUGUGGGCCAGCUGUGGCAAUCAAGUCACCGUCUUCGAUGCCGUCAGCCUGAAGGCUCAGCAAACAUUCGAGGUCCACCCGGAAGAGGAGAGCCACGUGACCCACAUGAUCAAGGCCGGCAGUGGCGUGUGGAUGGCCUUCUCCUCGGGGUCCUCCAUACGUCUCUUCCACACCGAGACCCUGGAUCUUCUGCAGGACAUCAACGUAGCCACCCGAACCAUGGCGGUCUUGCCAG